AUGAAAUGGAGCUUGCUCCUGGACUGGCAGGGCAUAACGGAGGAGCUGGCCAUGAAGGAUGGGCUCUCUUGCAUGGUAGAAGGAGGGCUUAUACGGAGGAUCGCUGCAGAGCGCCGGUGGGCACCAGCGCUGAAGCAGCUGGGUGAACACAUUCUAUCAAGUGAAGUAUCGCAGGACAACAGCCCGCGGAUGAAUAACUUUGUGGGCACAGUAUCAGAGUCGAAGAAAGCGGCACGCAAUCAUGGAGCCUAUUUCGAGCUUGCUGGAAUGCGCGAGCUUAAGACGGAGGUCAAGGACGAAAGCAUGUGGCAUCAGAGGAGGAUUGUACUAAUGCCGUUGUGGUCGCUGCUGGUGGAAGGCAUACUGGUCACUCUUUUUCUCAGCGGAUGUAGUUUGAAAGAUGGACAAACUCAAUCGCCUACCGAAUGCAUGGCGCUUGUGUUGUUUUCCCAUUUCCCGGAGACACCAGCUGUUUUCAUUGGUGACCCGAUGCAACCAGGGCCUCUGGACAAGCUCUCGAGCAACAAGGAAGUUGGCUCCCGUUACUCCAAACAACGAGCUCUGAGUCUCCUGGACAGACUCUACCGCGCAGGCCAAAUCACAGCUUUCCUGGGAUUGAACCAACGCUGCAAGACUGGCGCAUCCAACCACGCCGCACGCGUCAUUUACACCGGGUUGAUAACAAUCGCUGAGCCUAAACACCCACUCGGUCUACAGGCUAUAUAA